AUGAAUGGGUGCAAGGCCGUGGCUACUCCACUCAUCACUAAUGAGAGACUUCGAAAGGAGGAUGGAUCUCUUAAAGCAAAUGCAUCAUGCUAUAGAAGUCUCAUUGGGAGCUUACUCUAUUUGACUACUACUCGACCCGAUAUUAUGUACACAACAAGUCUUCUAUCAAGAUUCAUGCAUAGUCCAAGUCAAAUACAUUAUGGUGCGGCAAAAAGUAUCUUAAGAUAUCUUCAAGGCACCAUUAACUAUGGUAUCUGGUAUCGGCCUACAUCAAAAUCAAAGCUGGUUGGCUAUGAUUCAGAACUGUUUGGCUACACAGACAGUGACUGGGCUGGAUCAAAGGAUGACAUGAAAAGUACUUCAGGCUAUGCAUUCACAAUCGGGUUUGGCAUUUUCUCAUGGUCUUUAAGAAAACAAGAUACAUUGGCUUUUCAUCAGCUGAAGCAGAGUACGUAG